ACGAGCGAGCACCACUAGUUGAUCUAUCGGAGUCCGUAUUUGAAUCGCAGCUAAAGUUGGAUCCGUAAAAGGAGACACAUACAAGGCCAGAAUCAGCACUAUCGUUGUACCGAUAGAUCGGAUACGGGAUCUACAGUUUCCCAAAAGCGAGAAAGCUUCUCCAUAUUCAUUUUUGUUUUGAACUCGUGUACGAACGACGCGUGCUAGCGGUGGUGGUUGGAUUCAGCCAAUUGUUCUACUAAAAUGCUGGCCUUAUUUCGCUGUGCGAAGCAUUGCUUCGUUGUAUUAAAAUUGCUCCUUUAACGUGUCCAAAUCGUGCUCGGUCGCGUUUCCGUCAAUCUUAAUUGCUGACAAAACAGUUAUAUAAAAUCAAAAAAAAAAAACACGAAGUUAUCUGAAAACCCCAUUCGCGUGAAUUAGAGGAUAUUAUUACACUGAUAGUGAACACACACAAUCAGAUCAACAAGUGCUUUAUACUAGCCCAUCUGAUCAAAACUUUGACAAAUAAUGAACGAUUGUAAAACUGUAUAUUCACUCACAUAAAUAAUAGUUUGAGAAACUAACUAAUUCGCCAUUAAAAUCACGCUCUUACUAACUGGCCGAGCUCACAACGAGAACGUCAACACAUCAACACAUCAGCAAAUCAACAACAAAAGCAUACAGAAGUGAACUUUAUCAAAUUAACAAAUACAGAGUUGAAUGAAAAAUACAAAGCUAAAAAGUUAAACACACACGAGCAGUGCAAAGAUUACACUUUAUUCGUGACGUUGUAUAGGAAUACACCAAUGUGACCAGCGACUAUGUGUACAGUGUCGAAUUAUUAACAAAGCCAAAAACUCAAGUCAGAAAGUUAUCGAGUGUUGCGCGAGUCGGGAAUACAAGUAUUUUCUACACCACAAUUCGGAAGUUUGUGUCUUAUUUCGCAAAGGUUCACACCAUUCAUAUGGCAUUUAUUCAACAUCAAAAAUAUUUGUAAAAAUAAAUUUGAUUUAAAGUUCUGCGUGAGAAAAGGUCGUUAAAUUGAAAAACUAAAUAAAAUACAUACAUACAUCCAUAUAUAAAAAAUUAAAUAAUCAGUGUAUAUUUGGCAGUACAACGAGCGAAAUCAGUUAAUGCGCCAUGAUGUUUUCAAGUAUUUGACUAGGGGCAAAUAGCGAUAAGCGCAACAACAAAGUCAAUCUGAAGCAGAAGUAUCGUCUGAUUUCACUGUUAAAUUAUUGCGAGCGCCUACGGCAACAACAACACUGCAAACAAUAACACUUGAAAAUAGACAAGUUGACGUUGUUUCUGAAUUCUGAAUUUGUGAAAAUAAACUUUGCGUUUCAAUAAAUGGAGAAGUAUAAUCACAAAGAACUCCGAUUCCAUUCCAAUGAGCACCAAGUGAGUUGCAUGUAUCUGAUAAACAAAAUGCUGCUGAAAAUCGAAAACACCCUACUUCGAAGCCAUCGACAACGCGAGACCACUGGAAUAAAGGAGCUGUACAAUUCCUUUUUCGUAUUAUUUUAAACAUCUGAGUCGC